GACCUGCAGGUUAAUGGUAUCUAAUUCAUACCAGUCAUGUACACGUGCAGUUUGAACAUUAUCUUCUCUACUGCUUAUCCUACACAGGGUCACAGGAAGCCUGGAGCCUAUCUCAGGGGACUUAGGGCACAAGGUGGGGGACACCUUGGACAGGGCACCAACCAAUCAUCGCAGGGCACAAUUGCGCACACAUUACAGACAAUUUAGAGAUGUCUUUGGAUUGGGGGAGGAAACGAAGAGAACAUGCAAACUCAAUGCACACAAGGCGGAGAUGUGACAAAUGUGACGUGACGAAAGAAAGAACGACUCGGAUCGGGAGUGAGGCCUUGGCUCCUGCUGCCCAGGAGAAGUCUCAUCCUUUUUUCCUGGAAGUGUUGUGUCGCACUCUUAUCAUCCUGUGUAUGGCUCUCUCCAUCGUCCUUUCCUCCAUGGCAGUGUGUGAUGGAUACUGGCUGCUGACCGAGCAGCGCAUGUUUGGCCUCUGGUUCUUCUGUGAGGUGGACACAGAGAACUCUGGUGCACCCCCUAACUGCAGCAGGCAUAUUGGAGAGGAAAUAGGCCAGCUCCUGGAGCAUGGACUUUGGCUGUGUCGCUGUGUUGCCUCUGUGGCUGUGGUGAGUGCCAUCUUUGGCCUGGAGCUGCUGGUAUUAUCACAGGUCACCGAGGGACAGGCAUCUAGGCAGCGGUGGCAUCUAGGGGCAUGGCUUGUCCUGCUGGCUGCAGUAUUGGCUGCUGCAGGGGUCAUGAUGUUUGUGUUCCUAUUAUGGGAUUAUGCUACACCUCUAGCGUUCACACUCACCUUCUGGUGCCAGUUCAAUGCAACCUUCCUCUUCUUCCUCAAUGGCAUGGCAGCAUGGCAUAUUCCGAAUAUGGCAUAUUUUCUGCCCUCCAGUGGUGAUCUGGGGAAACCGUAGGUAUUGGCCAUUUUAGACUUAUCACUGCUGGCUUAUGUACAUCAUUCACAGAAGAAAAAAACCUCAGUUUAUACCAUAAAGCUGGAUUUAUUGAUGUUGAAUUUGAGUUAUACAUACAAAUUAAAUAGUUUAUUAUUAAACUUAUCAAUAAAGACGUUUCACAAAUUCACAAUUUUAUAUCUUUGUAUGUUUAACAAAAAUGUCUCAUAUAUUUCACUAUUUCACACAAUUCACAAAGUCAGACUUUAAUAUUAUUUUAUUAUUUAUAUAUUGUACUAAACAGCAGGAAAAAAAACCCUACACCAUUACUCUAUUUAGCAAGUAAAAACAAAUAACAUGAAGCAACA